CAUCGCAUCAGGCAUUAGCGGCGCACACUCAGUCUCAGAUAGCCAAGCCAAACCACGAGCCGGCUCCCAUCCUUGCAAGCAAGCAUGAGGCCUCAGGCGCUGCUCCUCGCGUUGGCCGUCGUUGCCGUCCUAACAGCGCUGCCCCUCACACAUGGCCAAGGGGCAAGCCCGUGGCCGUGCUGCGACAAGUGCGGCGUGUGCACCAAGUCCAUCCCACCGCAGUGCAGGUGCCAGGAUGUGUCGCCGACCGGAUGCAACUCGGCUUGCAAGAGCUGCGUCAGGUCCACCGCCGGCUUCCAGUGCGUGGACAGCAUCACCAACUUCUGCGAGCGCCGCUGCACGCCCGCCGCGUGAUUGCACGGCGGAUCAUCUCCUGUUGUCGCUUGCCUGAAUAAUGCCGAUUAGCUUGUGCCUUCAUUUUCUCUCAUUCGUUCGGAGCUUCCUCUGCAUGCAUCUUGGUGUGGAUAGACGCCUAGAAGAAAUGAGUGUUUGAUGAUUUCUUGUUGUUUCUUACAAUGUUUUAAAUAAAUGAAGAGCAUAUUCUAUGUUCAAAA